AUGGACGAUCAAGAGUGGAAAAGUAGGCAGGCAAUGCAGAAGAUCGACCACCCUUCGCCGCAGCACACGUGUGUGUCUGCAUGUCUCCGCUGCUCAGCAAGCGGUCGGGCAGAGGCGCGCAGGGCGAAGCUGAAGGAGCGCAAGGCGACAGGACAGUUGAAGCUCACCUCAGACCAGAAAGAUGCCCUCGCCCAUGCCGCGUCCGAAGAGCUGGAGGAAGAGGAUACACCCGAGAGGAACGUCUCUGGUGCAGAAGAUCGGCACAUCGGAGGGGACGGGUGGCGGGGUGAAUUUCGCCCACCUGAAUGGCCAAGGCGCUGA